AUGGGUUGUGGUGUUUCCAAGCCGGAGACAGAUGAAGGAGGAGGAGGAGAAGAGGGAGGAUAUUUUAAGAUUAUGACUCCGCGAUCCAUUGGUAAAGACAGCGAAAAUGCUGACAGCCUCGUAUCGGAUCAAGAUAUGUCUACACAUAGCAAAAAAUCCAAAACCGGUGGUGAGAGUUCGAGUAAAGAGGAGGAAAAUGUAUGUAAAGAUGAAGACGAGCGAAAAAUUGCACCUGCAUCUCCGAGUUUUCGUAUUUAUUGCGUGUUCCCUCGAGAUCCUAAUGAUGACAACCUCGUUGAUGACCCACAACGGAUAUCGGACGAAAGCAAGGAGCAGAGAGGGAAGAGACAAGAAGCCGUGAGGAUGAAAAUAAGAAGAAGGUUUAACAAUGUCAAGAAGCUUCUAAUCCCUUCAGCUCAACCUUCCUCCACAGCUUCUUAG